AUGUCGCAAUCGCGUGCUGCGCCGGCGCCACCCGACGACCACCAUAAAACACCGCCCCCCCGAAGCCGAGGCCUCAUCCCAAAACACCUUGUGUCUCAGCUGUCCAAAAAGACGACUCGCCCGGGAAACCCUCUGCAAAGCCCAGGCGUCCGACCAGACGACAUCGUCACUGUCACCGCUGCCGCGAUGCUCCUGCUCCCGCACCCGCACCACCUGUGCGCCGCGGCGUUGGCCGCCCUCGCCCUCCUGCCCAGCGGCAUCGGCGCCGGCUGUCCGACCUCGCCGGACUACACGGCCGACGAGGUCAUCCAGAAGCUCAAUCUGACCAAGAACCCCGAGAAGGGCUACUUCAGAGAGACGUACGCGGACCCCGACAAGGUCGGCACCGGCGGAGACAGCCGUGCCGCCAGCACAGCCAUCUACUACCUCCUCACGCACGAAGACGGCCAGUCCGUCUGGCACAUCCUCGACGCGCCCGAGAUAUGGCACUACUACGCCGGCGCGCCGCUCGAGCUGUCGCUGUUGAGCAACGACAGCACGACGAAGGCGUCCUGCGAGAAGCACACCCUCGGGCCGGCCGUCCUCGACGGCCAGGCUCCGCAGGUCGUCAUUCCCAAAGACACGUGGCAGAGUGCGCGCUCCCUCGGGGACUGGACCCUGGUUGGCACCACGAUGACGCCUGGCUUCUCCGAAAAGAACGCAGUGCUCGCCGACGACGACCACCAGCCGCCAGUAAAGUGCUGCUAA